CAUGUUGACGGAACAGCUGUUGUCGCUAAAGAUCUUUUAAUUCUUGUAUUUUAAUUUUUAUGUGCUGUUGACAAAAACACACUUACGUCAAUAUAAACAAUGUUAUUAACAAGUAAAUAUUUUUUUUAUUAACUAAUCUCGUACGUAAGAAUUCGUUCAAAAUGUUUAAAGAAUAAUAAACAACAAUGGCUUGUGGUCUGGAAAGUUAUGCGUGCAGUGACAUUACGACAUUGGAAGAACGGGAGUUUAAUGCGAAAUGGAGCAGGUUUUCCGAUUGGCUUCAUUGCAUUUGUGUUGUAACAUUCGAUUUGGAAUUAGGACAGGCAAUGGAAAGCGUUUAUCCCCCGGGCGUGAAAUUGACAGAUCAAGAGAAAUGUAAUAUUUGUUAUUUAGCCUUUCCCGAUUCGAAUUCUGGUUGUAUGGGAGACACCCAGUUCCACGUGAAAUUGCGUUCCGGUGCACCUCUUACGCGACAGCAAUUAUGUUAUAAUGAGGAAAGUGUGCCAACGCUUCGGGCUGAUUCAACGCAUUACUGGGGCUUCGUAUAUUUCCGUCAAGUAAAAGAUCCAUCAUUGCCAAGAGGAUAUUUCCAGAAAAGUAUCAUAUUACUAACGCGGUUGCCAUUCAUAAAUUUAUUUUACAAGGUUAUUCAAUUAAUAGCACCAAAACACUUUGAAGAUGGUGAGAGGAGUUUGGAGGCCGCUUGCCAUGAUAUAAAUAGGUGGCCGAUACUUGAAGCCGGUCAGAAUACUCUAUUGCCUGUGUUAGGAAGUGUUUUUCAGUCAUAUAUACCUAAUCAACAAACUGGAAAAGUUUCAAGGUCAGAUAUCAUUAAGCAAGUGCAUUCCCCGAAUGUACCACACAUAGUGGUAUCAAUUCAGGAUGUUAAUGUUUUCGAUGCGCUGUCUAGUUUAAUAUCACACCUACAUUUAUUAUGGGAGCUUGUUUUAACAGCGGAGCCUAUAGUCGUCAUGGCAAGUUCACCGACAGAAUGUUCAGCCUUGGUACAAGCUUUGACAUACCUCAUUCAACCUUUGCCAUAUUCUGCAGAAUACAGACCAUAUUUCACAAUACAUGAUAGUGAAUUUAAAGAAUUCACUCGUAAGCAAUUUAACCCACCUUGCGUAAUAUUAGGUGUUACAAAUCCAUUCUUUACAAAAACAUUGCAACAUUGGCCUCACACUAUCAAAUUAAGUGACACAACUUCCAUUAAGACUAAGUUGAGGAAAGUAGGCAAUAUGAAAAACUUGGACACAGCUCCAGGGGUUUAUACUCAGUACAAACCAUUUUUAGAAAAAGAUAAAUCUAUAAUCAAAAAACUUCAUAAUGGAAUUAGGACUGAUCGUCCAUCAGAAGUACAGACUGCAAUGGUAAAGAGACAUUUAUUAGAGUUGACCCAAAGUUUUAUGAUUCCAUUAGAAAGAUAUAUGGCAUCAUUGAUGCCAUUACAGAAAAAUAUAUCACCCUUCCGAGCACCACCUAUCCCAAAUCCCUUUAAUCCUGAAGAUUUCUUUGCCACACUCCAACAAGCUGGACCUCAUUUGACAACAGGGAUUAAAGGUGAUUGGAUUGGUUUGUAUAGAAACUUUUUCAAGACACCUAAUUUUAGUGCAUGGUUCCAUGAACGUCAUAACAAUUUGACAAAUAAGUUGCAUGCAUUACAACUAGAAGCAUUGGCCGAAAGUGAUCUCAAGAAAUGGUCAGUUGGUAAAAAAGAGGUGGAAAUUGUAGAUAUGGUUUUAAAGCUACGGGAAGUUUUGAAGAGUGACCCUCCUGUGGCUGACAAUACACGGACUUUGUUAGCAAGGCGUUUGGAAGACUUAAACUGUAUCCUGCCAGAAGAUAUGAAGUCUAUUUUAAAUGCAGCAUCGUGACAUACAGACUGCUGCACCUCAGGGCUGAGAGGUUGUAGCAUCGACUGCAAAAUUCAGUUGAAGAAUACUUAUUAUAGGACUGUUGCUUGUGUGUAAUAUAUUCAGCCAAAUUAUUAAGAAAAUAGUUUAUUUUCUUACACAUAGUUAACUUAACACAGAGCUAUUUUUUAAACAACUACAAUCAAUAUCUUCCUAAUAUUUAUCAGUCGUACCAGUUAAAUUAAUAUUUAUAUGCUUAUUACUCCUCGUUGAUGAGUGUGCUAUAAUUUUAGUUAAAAAUAAUUAGUUGUAAUAUUUUUAAUUGUAAAAAUGUAUGGAUAUCACUUUACAUUUUAUUGAUUGAUUAGUGAAUUUUAAAUAUUACAUAUGGGGUUUUAUCUGCGAGCAACCCCUUGUUUAUUUUGCUCAAUGGUUCAGAGUUCAAAUCAACUCUUUUCACUACAGCUGUAACGGACAAUGAGUAAAAUAAAUAGUAAUUGUACUAAAACCAUAAUAUGAUAUAUAUAAUGCAUAAUAUAUGCUGCAAAAGUUUUAAGUAUACAAUAUUGAUAUUGUUAUAGAGCACUGGUUCUAAAUUAGCACUUCUUUUUUAUAAGGCAAUAUGGUCAAGAUAUAUAUGUAUUAUCCAUGUAUGGUUUAUUUCAAGUUCCUUGGUGAUCAUUUGAUCUCUUAUCAGUUGUUAUCAUAACAACACCGGAUAAUAAAUAAUUCCAAUGUCAAUUUCAUUGUUCCAUGUUAAAACUAGUAGCUAUCAGAUCGAAAUUAGAAUAUUAAGAAAACUAAAAAUAUCAGAAAAUUUAAAUAAGCUUUGCUUUUCAUUGUAAAAAGAAUACAAACAGAAAUUACUAU